AUGAAUCCCACCAUAAAAAUCAAUAGGCUAUGUUUUGGCUCUCUACUGAACGAAGCAUGGGGAAAAUCUGCUACACAACCUAAUGGAGUAGCAGGAUUUCGGAGUUGUGGAGUUAUUCCAUUUAACCCGCAUGCCGUUCCAGACUAUGCAUUUUUAAAACUCGAUGAUAUUCAUGAAAAUGAACCAAGAAACAUUGCGAAUUCUAAUGCACCAGCCCAAAUAGAUGAAGUGAUUUCACCAGAAAGAAGCGUGUCACCACAGCCAGGAUGUUCUACAUGGGAUCUUCCAAGAACUCCACCACGAAGUGGAGGCUUUGUUCAGCAGCCAGAAAUUAAUCGGGAAAUCGCUGAAAACAACAAUUCUCAAAUAAAACCAGGAAAAAUGCUUGAUCAAAUUUCACCAAUCCCUAGUAUGGAAGUCUCUUUAAAACUAAGAAAAGAACAAGGUCAGAAAACAAAAGAACGGAAAGAAAAAUCCCAGAAACUGCGAAUGAAAAGGCCGUUAAAAAGAAGAAAGUAUGAAUCUGAAAGUUCUGACGAAACUGAAGGAGAAAUACAUUUGGAUGAUGAAGAAGAGGUCAGUGAUGAAAAUGAAGUAGUGUGCGUCGGUUGUGAGGAACCUUAUUUGUUAACCAAAAAAAGUGUAGACUGGAUCCAAUGUAUUAUAUGCAAUCGUUGGCUACACGACGACUGCACCUCAUUUUUGAAUAUUUGUGAGCCCUGUGGACGUCUAACGGCUCCCAAAAAAUAAGACUUCCAUAAAUUGGUGUAUCACCAACUGACCCCUACCCACAUCACCAUCUAACCCGUAUUAUGUUGGGGGAGAUGGUGUCACACCCUUUACUUUUAAAUGAAAAUUAUUUUUGUUACAUGUCAAAAUUUGUUGUCUUUCGAUUUAGGAUAAGUUUUUUAUGUGUAUCUCGAUGC